AUGGAUGGCCAAGAUGUCUCGGUCGAGCUCUUUGGCAAGAAAUACGACCACCCGCUCAUUAUGGCACCGAUCGGGGUCCAGGGGAUUUUCCAUGAAGAUCGGGAAACCGGCCUUGCCAGCGUCUGCGAAGAAGUGGGCGUUCCCUACACGAUGAGCACAGCAGCCACCAGUACCAUUGAAGAAGUGGCUGCAGCCAACGGGGAUGGCAAACGUUGGUAUCAGCUGUACUGGCCACAAGACAACGAUGUCACAUUAUCGUUGCUUAACCGGGCCAAGGCGAGCGGGUUCGAAGUCUUGGUGAUUACGCUGGAUACGUGGUCGCUCGCGUGGCGACCGGCGGACCUGGACAAUGCCUACGUACCUUUUAUCAAAGGGGUUGGGUGCCAAGUUGGGUUUAGCGAUCCGGUGUUUCGGGAGAAGUUUGAAAAGGAGACUGGGUCUACAGUUGAAGAUGAUGUGCUAGGUGCGUCUCGGGCCUGGAUUGGGCAGGUUCUGUCCAGUAGCCCCCAUUCGUGGGAGGAUCUGGCAUUCGUUCGGAAGCAUUGGGACGGGCCGAUUGUGUUGAAGGGUAUUCAACAUGUGGAUGAUGCAAAGAAGGCGUUGGAAUAUGGAAUUGAUGGGAUCGCAGUGUCUAAUCACGGCGGUCGUCAAGUCGAUGGAGCCAUCGGGUCCCUGGAUGUUCUCCCGGAAAUCGUCGAUGCGGUCGGCCAUAAAAUGACCGUGCUGUUCGAUUCAGGCGUUCGCACUGGGGUGGACGUUGUCAAAGCACUGUGCCUGGGUGCAAAGGCUGUACUUGUCGGUCGCCCAGUCAUCUAUGGCUUUGGGAUUGACGGUCGCAAUGGAGCUCGCCAGGUAUUCCAGGGUCUGCUGGCAGAUUUCUGGCAAAGUAUGGGAUUGGCAGGGAUCCGCACGGUUGGCGAGUGUAACCGGCAGUUGAUCCGCAAGGUACAACACGCAGGCGAUGUCAAAGCAAUGAUGUAG